AUGUUAUCGGCUACAAUUUCAACGCUAUCCCCACCUGCUCACAAUUUUGAGUGUUCUCUUCGUGAAGGCAGCUCAAACGUUAUACCUUCAAAACAUGAACAUCUUUUGAGGAUAAUAUAUGCCGGUCACGACCUUGAGAGACAAAUGUAUAUCUUAUCCCUCGACGGAAUCGACGUAAACGAUACCGAGCAAGAUAAACUAUUCACCAUGUACAGCAUUGACACGGUGCAUUCCAGCUACCUAGCUGCACAGAGCCGAGUCCGUCAAUACACCCAAUUCGUGGCGAUCUUGCAGCACUCUGAAUGUGCAUGGGCACAGAGAAUCCAGGAGAUGGGUCAUGGAGUACCGGAACCGAACACGGGUCGUAUGUCGGUUGACGGAAUCAAGGAGCAAGUUGAUGAGCAAGAUAUCCUGUUGGCGCGCACCAUUGAAACGGUAUUCGCUAACUACGCGGCAGCUCAAGAUCGAGUCCGCCAGUACACUCAGUUCCUAACGAUUCUGAAGUCCGAGGAAGAUGCAUGGGCCGAGAGAUUUCAGGAGGCAUCUUCUGUGAUGCCUGGUUACGAGCCUGUGAGGUGUGAUCACCCUAGGAAGGGUGAUCUAAUAAAGCCGUUGCUUUAA